CAGAAACCGCCGAUACCUUAUAAGGAUAGAAUCACUGUGUCACAAUGGAGACUCCCAACGCUCGCACACAAUGGUAGAAUGGAUUUCAAUUAUGAGAAUGGUGAUUAUCAAAUUCUUGACCAGGACAGCUCCCCGUAUAAAGUGACUUACAGAAAUACAAAAACAAUGGAUUAUUAUACAAAUGAGGACUCCACUAAAAAGAGGGUUGCAGUGAGCCGCCCUGGUCCCAACCCAGGCAGAGUGAAGCGGGUCGUGUCCUGUAAGAGGAAGAGCCAUCAUCUGACAGUGGCUCGGAAGAAAGCGCCCGGAUCAGGAAAGCCUCAUGUAGCUGCAAACAAGGAGAACCAGCUGAGCAGUAAGACAGACAUGGAGCAGGGAAUAUUUUGCAUGGAUCCGUGGGAUUUGUCACAGGAUAAACACAGAACUGGAAGAACUGGUCCAGAGCUGCCUGAUUACAGUUUGCUCUCAGAGAUCAGAAAAGAUCACAGCUCCAUGACUAAUAUUCUCUUUGGGAGAAACCUACGACUCAAAGUGGCUUUCACAUUAUGGAAGAGAAAUGUGGGAGAGCUGCUUACAUAUUUCCUGAGAAUACAAGAUUUUGGAGUAUUUGUUGACUUUCUUCCAGUGAUAACCAAAAGUAUAUCUGAGGACUCUCCGACAGUUUCUAUUGGCUGUUGUGUCGACCUCUUUCCAUUGGUUAAGAAAAUCCUCUCUGAUCCAUAUGAAGAAUAUAUUAUAGUUGGAUUAAAGUGGUUACAUACAGUUCUGAAAAACUGGUGGGAGGAGCUAAAAGAAAGUGGACUCAGUGGAUGCACUAAAAUGCCAUUGGAUAAGAAUUUUCAGAUCUUUAACCAACAGUUACUGGAGUUAUGGCAUCAGGAACCUCGAUUAAAAUCUGUCCCAGGAUCAGCUGGAGACUUGGCAAUGGCCAUUGAUUCAUUCAUUUCACAGUUGCCAUGGUAAUAAUGAUGACGCCUGAAGAUAACAGCUAUAGAACUG